AUGUCGGAGUCCAACAAUCAUGACAAAGAUCAGGACAACAUCGACUCUUCAUCAUUUGCAAGUAUUUUGGCUGGUGUCAAACGUAUGAGAGAUGAAUACGGAGGCGAUUACUCAGAAAAUGACGUAACCAUACAAAGAAAAUCUCGACCACAACUCCAACAGCCAGCACCCCCACCUGUUAGUUCAUCAACGACUGCUAAUCCGCCAACAGCUACAGCUACAAGCAUCAUAACCACUGCCCGAAAGGUUUUGGAAACUCAAAGAGCAACAUUAGAGAAGCCAACAGCCAAACCGGUCUCACCGGCCGAUGCAGCACGCUCCACGUCUUCCAAUACCAACAAUCCAGUACGACCGGCAAGACUACCGCAGCAGCAGCAGCAGCAGCAGCAGCAUUCGCGAUCAGGUGGGCUAUCAGAUAUACUAGUUCACAAAUCGCAAGAAAAGAACCCGCUAUUGAGUGAGUCCAUGAUGAAAACAACGCCCUGGGUAUUUGAUGGAAGCAUAUUAUCCGAUUAUUACAUAAGUCCCACUUUCCAAAUCUUAUUUUUGUCUUUGAAAUAUCACAAGUUGAGACCUGAAUAUAUCUGGACCAGAUUGAAGAGAUUGAACAAAGGAUCCAGUAUCGUUGAGAAUCGAAAAGAUAACAAUUUACGUGUCUUGUUAGUGGUUGUUGAUAUUGAAUCACAUCAAGAAGUGUUGCGCAAGUUGUCCGACUUUUGUAUUAAACAUGACUUGUCAUUGGUGCUAGCUUGGUCGUUUGAAGAAGCAGGGAAUUACAUUGCUCUUGGGAAACACUUCGAUAAUGCCCCACAUCAAGCAAAGCAGAGUAUUCGAGGUUUUAAAGGAGCAGACUACAAUUCCAAUGUGGUUGAAGCAUUUACAGGUAUCAAAUCCGUUAACAAGACAGAUGUCUCUAAUCUAUUGGCUAACUACAAAUCAGUCAAGGAAAUGGUGUUGCAAUGCAGCAAGCACGACAAUGAAAUGUUGGGAAACAUACCCGGCAUGGGUACAGUGAAGCGACGCAAUUUGAAGCAGGUUUUCCUGGAACCAUUUAUAUUGAACCGAGCUCUGAAUAAGUGA